AUGUGGUCUCCCGUACUGCUGAAGCGGUGUUGGCCGAUGUGUCAAAAUGGCAGAGCUAACAACACUAGAGAGCCUGCUGGAGAUGGGCUUUGACAGAAACAGAGCAGAGAAGGCGGUGGCCAACACGGGGAACCAGGGGAUAGAACAAGCCAUGGACUGGUUAAUGGAACAUGAGAACGACCCUGACAUUGAUGAGCCCUAUGUGCCGCCUGUGGGAAACGUCCUGGGAGGGGAAGCAGACAGCCAGUCCAACGCAGAACAGCCAACCCUAGCCGACACCGCUGAAGGUGGAGAUAUCGGCUACAACGAGACUGAUGAGAGUUCAAAGCAGCCAAUGACGGAGGAGGAGAAACGUGAGCAAGUUAAGAGGCUAGAGGAACUGAUGCGGGUGAAGCAGGCGGAGAGAAGAGAGCGAGAGCGGGCAGAAGAGGUGGAGAGAGAGAAGGUACGGAGGAGGCAGGGCCAAGAGCUGCAGCAGAUCCGCCAAAAACUGCAGGAUGAUGAUAUGAAGAAGCUUGCUGAUCAGCGCAGGAGAGAGAAAAUGGAGGACAAAAUGGCAAGACAAAGGGUUAAAGAGAAGAUAGCGCGAGACAGAGAGGAAAGAGCGCAAAAGUUUGGAGGCGGAGGACCCCCGAGCACAGCUGCAUCAUUCCAACCUGCCCAGCCCAGCCCCUCAUCACCCACCAGUCAGGGCCCUCCACCCACUAAGAAGGAGUAUGAUGAGUCCAGGAUACAGGUACGUCUGCUGGACGGCUCCACCAUCACGACGGUCUUCAAGGCCCAGGAGCCGCUGGCGGCAGUGCGUGUCUACGUGCAAAUGAACGGCAACACACCAGAGGGUCAGGACUUCAUGCUGCUGUCGCCCUACCCGCGUCACGUCUACACCGAACUGGACAUGGAGAAGCCCCUGAAAGAGCUGGGUUUGGUGCCUUCAGCUGUGCUGGUUGUUGCCAAAAAGUGAGAUCAGGAGGAUCUGCUCUGUGAGCCUACCUCACCACUUCCACUACAUCACCACCAGAGACACCUGAAACGGAUGGAUCCAGGAACAGAGCCGCCACCUUUUUAGUAUCACUCAAUAAGCCAGCUAACUGAACUAAAGCAGAGAUGGAGCUGGAGGCUGUGUUCAGACAAUGUGUAAUAGUUCUUAAAAUGAAGAUAUGGAAAAGUUAUAAGGAAAAAUGGUUUGUUUUUUCUAGACUAACUGAAUGCAGCUCCUUGUCUUUCUGGGCUGAUUUCACUGGCUGUAGAUUGGAUUGACAGUGACCUUUACCUAUCAAGAACAAAGUGAUGAUAGCUGGCUUCUGACUGAUACUGCCUCAAGAAGCACCGCUCAUGGUUUCAGCAACACAUUUACAAAAAUGAUACAGAACAAAUUUGUUCAGUUUUAACCCGAUCCUUAUAUAGCAAAGCACCACACAAGACUUACUUGAUUGGUUCUGAAAGGGCCUUAAAUUUAAUCCCCACUAUCUUCCUGAUUUUGUGACAUUCUACUUUGCCAGUUUUUUUAUAAGUUAAAAUAUAUUGACAGUUAUGUCUACAUAAUCACCAAGAAUCUACUUACAAUAAAGCUGACUUGGAGAAUUGUGA